AUGAAAACCUCCCUCCCUCUCCUUGCCCUAGGCCUAGGCCUAACAGCCUGGGCCCUCCCCUCAGCCGAGCGUCCCGCCGUUAACGCGACAAUUGCCAACGCGACCACAGUUCAAGAAGUCAAUGAGACAGCUGCCGAAGCCCUUAUUGCCAAGCGUCAACUCCCUUCUUCCCCUGCUGCCUCGGCCGUUGUUGCCGCCCUGAACAACACUCUGUCCCAGGCGACGGCUACUGUUGCUGCCCAGCAGGCGGCUGCUACGACCACGGUCGUGUCUCUCCAGGAUGAUGACGGCGAUGAUGACGACAACAAUGGAGGUGUCGAUCCGACUGAUACUGAUGAGGGCGGGUCCAGUUUGGAUGAGGAUAAUGAGCAGGCGGAGAAGCUAAGGCGUCGUGGUGGUGCUAAGAAGGACGCUAAGGCGAAGAAGAAGGCAAAGGCUAAGGCUAAGGCAGCGAAGAAGGCCAAAGCCAAGGCUGCUGCUAAGAAGACAAAGCCUAAGGCAAAGGCGGCUGCGACAAAGACCAAGACCAAGCCCAAGCCUAAGCCCAAGGUAAAGGCUGCCAAGGCCGAGAAAGCUGCCAAGGCCAAGUCCGCGAAGGCUGAGAAGGUUGCGGCCAAGGAGGAGGAGAAGAAGGCCGAAAAGGAGGUUGAGAAGACUGAGGAGAAAAAGGAGGAUAAGGAGGAGAAGCACAAGGAGAUUGAGAAGCGUGGCGGUAGUGGCGACAGCUGGGAGCAACCCAAGCCUAAGCCCAAGCCGUGCAAGCCUAAGGGAGGUGAAGAAGGUGGUGAAGAGGGAGGUGAGGAGGGAGGCGAGGAAGGCGGCGAGGAGGGAGGUGAAGAGGGCGGCGAAGGAGGGAGGUGGAAGAGGGUGGUGAGGAGGGAGGUGAAGGCGAGGGAGAAGGUGGAGGGCGGUGAAGGGGAAGGGGAGGGAGGUGAGGGUGAGGGUGAGGGUGAGGGUGAGGGUGAGGGCGAAGGUGAGGGCGAGGGUGAGGGUGAGGGUGAGGGUGAAGGUGAGGGUGAAGGUGAGGGUGAGGGUGAGGGUGAAGGUGAAGGUGAGGGUGAGGGAGAAGGUGAAGGUGAAGGUGAGGGCGAGGGCGAGGGCGAGGGCGAGGGCGAGGGCGAGGGCGAGGGUGAGGGUGAGGGUGAGGGUGAAGGUGAAGGUGAGGAGGGCGGCAAGAAGCCCAAGCCCAAGCACCACAAGCCUCACCCGAAAAAGCCUUCCAAGCCUCACAAGGGUCCCAAGAAAGCACUGAAGAAGACACCGAAGAAGGCCCUCAAGGCGGCACCAAAGCCCAAGCCCAAGCCAAAGCACAAGGGCGGCAAGCUCUGA